AAGGCUUUCAGAAGAUACAGUGGGAUAUAGAUCAGCUAAAGGAAUGGGCAGAGAAAUGGGCAGAUGGAGUUUAACUCGAGCAAGUGUGAGGUGUUGCACUUUGGGAGGUUGAAUGUAAGGAGAGAGUAUGGCAAGACCCUUUGCAGCAAUGUUGUGCAGAGGGAUCUUGGAGUCAGAGUUCAUAGCUCACUGAAGCUGGCAGCAAAGGUGGAUGGGCUGGUAAAGAAGGUGCAUGGUAUGCUUACCUUCAUUGCUCGGGACAUUGCAUGUGUGAUUCAGGAAGUCGUGAUGGUGCUCUAUAGGACUUAGGUUAGACUGCUCUUGGAGUUAUUGUGUGCAGUUCUGAUUGCCACAUUACAGGAAAGAUGUGGAGGCUUUGGAGAUGGUGCAGAGGAGCUUUGCCAGAAUGCUGCCUGGGAGAAGAAGGAAUGACCGUGGUGGGACAUCUUAAAUGAUAUUGGCUACAUUUCCAAUGCAGCGUGAGGUGUAGAUGGAGUCAAUGGUGUGGAGUCUGGACUGUGUGAUACAAUGACAGGCCUUCACCAGGAACACUUGAUGGCCACCGUGUGCUGAGUCCAACGCCUCAAUAUAGACACCAAGAAACUACCAGGCACCCACCUCUACAUGGGUAGUGUAGUGUUGACAAAGGUUUUGCAACUAGAUCUUUGACACCACUGUUGGCCAAGAUGGUGGUGGAAAUAUCAAAUACUAUUGGUGUGUGUGGGAGAGGGUCACAGAGACAGGGACAGUCUGAAGAAAGGUCUCGACUCGAAACGUCACCUAUCCAUGUUCUCCAUGGAUGCUGCCUGACCUGCUGAGUUACUCCAGAACUUUGUGGCCUUUAACGAUUUUUGAAUACAACCUUAUACCCCUGUCCCACUUAGAAAACCUGAACGUAGUCCUCUGGAGACUUUGCGCCCCACCCAAGGUUUCCGUGCGGUUCCCAGAGGUUUUUGUCAGUCUCCCUACCUGCUUCCACUAAUUGCAACCUCCGGCAACCACCUGCAACCUCCGGGAACCGCACGGAAACCUUGGGUGGGGCACAAAGUCUCCAGAGGAUUCCGUUCAGGUUUCCUAAGUGGGACAGGGGCAUUAAUGUCUGUAUAAAUUAUUUAACCCUGGCAGUGCGUUCCAGGCAUACACCGCUCUGUGUGUAAAAAGUUAUCUUCAUGUUACUCUUUAAACUUGUGCACAUUGACCUCCAGUGGAUAAGGGGCGGCAUAGUGACGCAGCGGCAGAAUUGCUGCCUUACAGUGCCAGAGACGCUGGUUCAAUCCUGACUCUGAGUGCUGUCUGUACGGAGUUCGUAUGUUCUCCCUGGCACUGCAUUAGUUUUCUCCGGGUGCUCCGGUUUCCUCCCACACUCCAAAGACUUGCGAGUUUGUAAGUUACUUGGCUUUGGUAAGUUGUGAAUUGUUCUUAGUGUAUAGGAUAAUGUUACUAUACUGUUGAUCGCUGGUCAGCACGGAUGGGGCGGGAUGAAGGUCCUGUUUCCACUCUGUAUCCCUCUAGUCUAAAGGUCUAAUCAAUAAAGAUAAAUAAAGAGAACAGUCUUUAACCAUGUUGGUGCCAGUUAGAAUCAGGUUGAAUAAUUCACGCGGCCCUGUGUUACAGGACGUCCUUACGAGGCCAGAAUCGUUGGAAGAAGAUGAGUGUCGCUGUGGUUGACUUUGGCUCAUUUGCCUUGGGUGAAGCUGCACCUUCAGCCCAUGAAAUGAAACGAUUAUCCAUGGAGAUCGGACGGGCAUUCAGUGAACUUGGAUUUGUGUACCUCAAAAACACCGGCAUCAAAGAUGAGCAAGUGUUUAGAGCGAUGGACAUCUGCAGGAGAUUCUUUCUACUUCCCAAGGACAUUAAACAACAAUAUGCUCGUUCAAAGGACUCUGAUUUUCCAAACCAUGGGUGGAUUGAUUUUGAGACUGAGAGAUUAAACCCAAUGGAAUUGAAUGACCUGAAAGAAGUCUUUAAUGUGACAUCGUUGUCUUCCACUGAUACAUGGCCUACCAAAGACCUACCUGAGUUUUCAAGUUGCCUGGAGUCAUUCGUUGGAACGUUUAAGGACCUUUCGUUGCGGAUUUUGAAAGUCAUUGAACUGAGUCUGGGAGUUGAGACUGAUUUCUUUGUCAGCAAGCAUCAAGAGAUCGGCAGUAAUGGCAACUUAUCAACCCUCAGAGCUGCGUAUUACCCAGCGGUACAGAAAUCCUGUGUGAAGGAAAAGCAGAGCCGGUGUGGGGAACAUUCUGACUACGGGACAUUCACUUUCGUGUUCCAGGACAGGAACGCAGGACUGGAGGUAAUGUCCAGGUCUGGUCAGUACAUUGCUGCCCCCUACCUUCCAAAUGCGGUUCUUCUCAACAUAGGUGACCUUCUGCAGAGGUGGACAUCUGACAGAUGGAUUUCCGCAAAACACCGAGUGCGAAUCCCACAGACAGAAGAUGCCAUGAACAGGAGCCGACAGUCACUGAUUUUCUUCACCCACCCAGAUAACGAUGCAAUGAUUGCCUGUUGUGAUGGUUUGGACAAACACCCACCUAUCUCCUGCAUCCAGUACAUUAAGGAUAAACACCCUGAUUUGGUGAAUGUGUCUCUCUAUCCGUAAAGUGAUGGAGCAGGAAGGAGACAGCUGGAGAAUCGUGAGGCUUUAGACAUUAUGGUGAAGUAAAUAAAACUGUUUCUUACCGAACAUCAAUUAACAUCAGACAGGGGAUCACGUUUAGUGUAGGAAGGAGCUGCAGAUGCUGGUUUACACCAAAGAUAGACACAAAAUGCUGGAGUAACUCAGCGACUCUGACAGCAUCUCUGGUGAAAUGGAAUAGAUGACGUUUCGGGUUGGAGUAUGACGAAAGGUUCCGACUCGAAACGUCACCUAUACUUUUUCUCCAGAGAUGCCGCCUGACCUCCUGAGUUUCUCCAGCAUUUUUUGCCUAUCUGUGGGAUCAAAUUUGCUCUUAAGUAUAUCCACAGUAUAUCCACAGCCUAAUAACAGCUUCUGCUUCCAUUUAUCUGUUUUCCCCAAAGUAUCUCAGCCUUGUUUGCUGGUAUUUGAAGCAAAGAAUGCCGUGGACAAUGAUCAAUAAAUCAUUCACUCAAGCCCACUUUAGACACAAGACUGAGCUGGUGCCUCCUGGUGAGACCUGAAUUUCUCUCAGUUUGAGGCAUCUCCCAUUGAGUCAAGAGGUUCCUGCAACAUCCCCACUGGGAGAUUCCACCUCCCUGAAGCACAGCGAGAGAUCGACUUUGUUAGUGAUGGUGCAGUGGGAACAUCGCUGACUCAGCACAGGGCGGCACAGUGGCUCAGCGCUGCCUCACGGCACCAGGGACCCGGGUUUGAUCCUUGCCUUGGGUGCUGUUCUCCCCGUGACUGCGUGGGUUUCCUCUGGAUGCUAGGGUAUCCUCUCUCAUCACAAAUAUGUGCAGGGUUGAAGGGUAAUUGGCCUAUUAACGACUUGUGAACAGCUUCCCCUCUGUUAUCAGGCUACUGGAUUGUCGUUCCAUAAGCUAGGGCAUUACCCAAUUCACUUCUACAAAAUUGCGGACAUUGGACAUUGUCUCUGGAACUGGUGCGCUACAAUGCUGAGAACUAAAUUCUGCACUCUUUAUCUCCACCUUUGCUCUGCUCUUUGUACCUGAAGGACCAUUCAAAGCUGAAUCACAGAGGGGAAGAAGCUGUUCCUGAGACUAGUGGUGUGCACUUUCAAGCUUCUUUAUCUUCAGCCUGACAAGAGCCAGGAGAUGAAGAAAUGACUGGGAUGGGACAAGUCUUUGAUUAUGUUGACUGUAUUUCCGAGGCAGCAUGAAGUGUAGAUGCAGUCAAUGUUGAGGAGUCUAAUCUGUGUGAUGGACUGGGCUACAUCCACAACUCUACAAUUUCUUGCGAUCUUGGAUAAAACAAUUCCCAAACCAAACUGUGAUACUACCUAACAGUUUGUAUCUGUGACGUUUGUAAGAGCCAUUGGAGACGUGCUGCAUUUACUCAGUCUCCUGUGAAUGUACAGCCUUCUUGGCUGUCACUUUAUUGUGGUUAAUCCACGACAGAUCAUUGGUAAUAUUAAUGCCAAGGAAGCUGAAGCUCUCAACUUUGGCAUCAUUGAUGGGGGCAUGUACUCCACUAUGCUUCCUGAAGCCAAUCAUUAGUUCCUUAGUCUAGCUGACGUUGAGGGAGAGGUUGCUGUCUGUCUCGGCAAAGCUGCAAAUGGUCCCGAUCUCUACCUGUCCUUGUAUGGGGACAGAACCUGGUUGUCACACUUGGACAGCUUGGUUGUCACACUUGGCAGGUCCUCACCAAGCACAUGGGAAGCAAUGUCCCUGUUGUGCUCUAUUCCUGAGGCCCAACUCCAAGGAAGAAUAGCCUGCAGUGGCAGGCAGCUGGUAGUUCAGGCAGCUCACCUGUAUAGAUAUGAACCAUAGAAUCUAAUGAGGAAUCAAGUGGUGAGUGGAGAUGGAAAUGAGAGGGGAGGGUGAGGGAACGAAAUCCAGCAAACAAGAUUAGUGAGCAAAACUCCAGGUGUUGCAGUAACUCAGCGGGCCAGGCAGCAUCUGAGGAGAACAUGAUCCAUUCUACAGUUUUCUUGAUCUUCAUCUCUUUUGAUCUCUUACACUUCCUUAUCUCUGUAACUCACUCUCCCCGAUGCUCAGCUUGAAGAAGGGUCUCGAUCUGAAUCUUCAUCUAUUCCUUCUAUCCAGAGAUGCUGCCUGCCCUGAUUUUGUGUAUAUCUGAUCUGUUUGGAGAGCAUGUAAUACAAAACUAUUCACUAUACUUUGGUACAGGUGUCAAUAAUAAACAUAAUAGUAAACCUAUAUGCAAGUCCACCACCGAUUUUUAAGCAACUGGUGGUCCGGCACCUCCUUUAAUUUGGAUAAACUUACGAGAACACACCUAAACCCCCCACCCACCCCAGAAGUUCCCCAGAUGAUGCGGGUGUUCUCGACCUCAUCGGGACUUCCAUGCCGAUUGGUGGGUCGAAUUUACCCUCUGUGGCCAGAGCUCUGGAACUCCGGCCUGUUCCCAUAGCUGGCAUCUGAGGCCGACGCCUGCCCCGCUGCCUGUUCCUACUGCUGCCUGUUGUUUUGGCAAAACGGACAAUUUGGCAAGGCUGUGGACCCCAACAAAGUAGUCAUACAAUUCAGAACAAAACUAUAAAUAGCUGAACCAGAAAAUAACACUGAUCUCAGAUCACUGGGUUAAUUUGUUUUGGGAUUAAUUGUGAGAUAUAUUUGAAUACAUUUAUUAUUUGAGCCAUUGCAGUAUAGAAUAAAACCAAUUUGUGAUAGGAACAAUACAUAAUUAAUACUGCAGGAAUAUAUCGAGGGUACCAAUAAAAUUAUUUUAUAAAAUUAUGUUAAUGAAAUAAAAGUACGGUUGUUAGAUUGAUUCAAAAUGUUU